AUGGCGUCGUCCUCGGCAGCGAUAACCGCUGAGCCUAAAGCCCGGCGCACACAUGCUCGGCGAUCAUGCGAUCUCUGCAAGAUUCGCAAGACGCGAUGCGAACUACCAGACCUCGAGGUUCCUUCCUCGGCAGAACCGCUGCCUGUCGACAAGUCAUGCCAUCGAUGCAAGGUCCUUGCACUACCAUGCGUCGUCGACGACAGCCGCAUGAAGAAGAGACGCAAGAAGGAUUCCCAGCCGAUUGGCGGUACCGUUGGUCCAUCGUCGUCAACCUCGGCUUCAAAACGAGCGUCGGCAUCGUCCGGUCGAACGCCGAGUGAGGGGCUCCAGAAGCGCCCCCGCUCCUCUAUCAGCAGGCCCAGUUCGGGCGGGCGUAGCGUAGAUGACUGGGGGCCCGUCAACGUCUUCAACCACGACGUGGACGUCUCUGCCGCCUUCCAGAUUACCAUCACCCCGGCGGUCGCCCAACCCCAGGCACAGUGGGGCUCGCCGCAGGGAAGCGCAACGUCAGGCCGACACUCUUCCCCUCUUCCCUCGCCCCCGAGGAAUGUGCGACUGCACGGUCGUCCGCUUUCGCUAGUGGGCGCGUUGUUAAACAUCGCCUCGGGCAGGACGUACGGGAAUGUGAAGCGCCGUGUAGUCAUUGUCGAUGACGUCGACCUCGAUCAGCUCGUCGACGCGCGGCUACGUGCCCUCAUCGGUCCUGGAUAUGCGCAGCUUCGCACAUUCCACCCCCACCUGCAGCCUCUCGCAGACUUGUUCAGCGUCCUGCGCGAGACGCCAGGCGACCGAUGUGUGCAGCUACUUUUAGCUACGGCCGUUUUCGUUGCGUCACUAUCUUUGGGACCCGACCCUGAAGCUCAGAGGCUACGAGACGAGCUGGCACCCACCAUCGAGAACCUCCAGCACAACAUUCUAGCUCACCAGCCAAGCUCGUUCCAUGCAAUCCAGGUUCUCGAGUUGCUCGGGCUACAUGCACCCCUCUCCCCCGCCCUCCCUCUUCAGCUCACAGACCCCACCGCGCUCGGGCCGGCCCGCGGCGUGAUUGGUGUGGCACUCAACAUCGCCAACAACCUCAACUUUGAUGCCAUGGUCAACGGUCCCCUCGAGCGGUGGCCUAAUCCCGAUUUUUGGCUAUGGUUGGGGCUCCGUGCGGGUGAGGCACAGAUUGCAUUCGAAGACGAGCGUCCACGGAAGCCAUCCAAGCUCGGCGAGGCACGAGCUCUGACCUGGGCACUGACCUCACCCGAGAAUGGCCAGCAAUGGGUAUCGGCAGCUUCAAUGGACGACCCAGCCGAGUUGCUAGGGAAACUCGUCGUCUCUGACCGGCUGGCCCGGUUGGAGGAGCUCCACGACACGUACGGCCGGCUCCGCGGCAUCCUCGACACUGUGACCAACACGGUCAAUUAUAGCGGGCAGCAGGCUAUACAGGAGGAAGUCGAGUUCUACAAUUCGCGCCUCGCGGAGGUUGACCGUCGCCAUGACAAUAUUCUCAGUAUGCUCUCGAUGCCUAACUCUCUCGAAGCAGGCUGGAAGGCAUACCGUGCCAUCCGGCGACUAUGGGAAGUAAUGAAGGUCUACCUCGUCGCGUUCCAGACGCUGGUUGCUCUGCAUUAUUUGCCUGGCUCAAUCCUCGCUCUUAAUGGGCUCCCGACGCAUUGUCCCGCACCCCAGGCGAUCCACUACGCGUUCUUGCGCGCCAACAACCCGCAAGACAUUGUAUUUGCAUUCGCAUCUUCUACAAUGGCUGCCAACGACAUGCGCCGUCUAUGCCGGUUCCGUGGUGCGCAAGCCGAGCACCUCAUUAAUGCCUUUGUCGAGUUCGCUCCGGCCCUCGUUCCGAGCAUGGGUGGUGCUGACCUCGUUCCAUUACACGACAUCAUGGCCAUGGUUGUCGAGAGCGCCAAGACCCUCAUGGAGCAGCACGCCUCGAGUUUAACUUAUCACCGGUCGGUCAUGGCGCUCCCAGCAACCAUUCCUCUUCCGCCCUGGGUCGCCUCGCUUUCGCAGGCCUCGCUGAUCCUGCGCCGGCUAAGCAAUCUCCACUUGGACCACGACGACAACGUCGGCAGGGGAGAAAACGUCGCGAACGGAUGCAGUAACCUCAUUGGCUCAAUGGUGCGCAUCGUACAGGAAUGGUCGACGAUGGUCGAGCGCGACGGCGGGAUGGGCAUUCCCGUUUUUGCUUCUGUCGCGGCGCUUCCACCCCAGCCCACACACUUGCAAUCGAUCUCCUUCGGUCUACCUGAAGUCCAGAGUCCCAAAGCCCUGGCUGGCAGCGAGGCCGUGACAGCUGAAAUGCCGAUGCGGAGCAGCUCCACGGGCUUCCAAUCGUACAUGUCCUCCUCGGACAGGUGGAUGGCCGACGAGCGUUCCAUGUCUCUUCCUCCGCAAUCCGCCACGUCCCUCAGUACCCCCGUCCUCCCCACGCCAGAUUAUAUUCCCCAGAUGACACCUGCAGGCGAGUACAACCCAGCCUUCACGGACAUGUUCAGCUUCACGUACACCGGUCUCCCAGGCACGCCACACCCUCAGCAGCUUCCCACAACCUCUCACCACCCCCACCAGUCGAGUCCCUUUGACCCGCGCGGCCAGAUGGCCGUCCACCACAUACACGGACAAUUGGCGCCCCAGCUCGGCGCCCCACAACACUCACAACAGCCUCAUACGCCUACACCUGCUCCCGGGGCUGCGGGCCCCGCGCCGCAAUUCAUGCCCCAGCCGCAUGGAUACGACGAGAGCACGUAG